AUGUCACAACCCAGCAACUCCGAUCGGUCAGGCACGAUCAGUCUGUUUGUUACUUGGCUGUUUACCGUGAGCAUAUUGAUAGAGGUUGCCCUCAGUUUGCUGCUGAUGAUUUCCCCCCAAUACUUCCUCUGCGAAGCCGCCUGCGCCACCGGGGCCCAGACCCAGGCCACUUGGUAUGGACUGACAGCUGUUGAGGCUGUUGUCGAUGAAUGGGGCCGUGUGAUAGUUGUGUUCCAGCAAUAG